ACACACACGCACACACAUUUUUUCCUGGCUUCGGACCUCAGACUGCUGCAGCCUGAACCUUUACAGGGCUCAGCUCUUUGGAGCUGCCCAUUCCUCCGGCUCCGAGAAAGGACGCGCGCCCUGCGUAGGGCGAAGAAGAGAAGCAAAACUUGUCGGAAGGGUUUCGGCGUCAACCUCCUUCCUGCAAACCUAAACCUCCUGCCGGGGCCAUCCCGAGACCGAGGAAAGUUCCUGCGGAGCCGACCAUCCCUAGUGGAUCUGGAGCUGGCAGCGGAGCAGACUGUGGAAUUAGGUCUGUUUUGAACCCAGUGGAGCGCAUCGAGGGGGCUCGGAAGUCACCGUCUGCGGGCACCCAGGUGGCUUGUUCAGUGUCGGGUGAGGGCUGCGAGGGUGGCAAGUUGCAAAGAAAACCCCCGAGGUCCGGAGAGGGCUGCGCUCCUGCUGGCUCUCGGGUCUUCCCCUCCUCUGCUCCCUGCUGUGAAAUCCCAGCGAAAUUUACAAAGGCCUUUGGGUCCAGCGGAGACCGACCCGCAGCGCUUGACCCGGUCGCCCCUAUCGCUUCGGGAGCCCCCGAGCACCGGCGAAGGACUGGCGGGCGGGGUAGGGAGGUGGCGGCGGCGGCAUGGCGAGGUUCCCGAGGGCCGACCUGGCCGCUGCAGGAGUUGUGCUACUUUGCUACUUCGUCCUGGACCAGUUUCAGUUCGCCGAAGGGAAGCCCGGAGACCAAAUCCAUGAUUGGCAGUAUGGAGUUGCUCAGGCCUUCCCUCACACAGAGGAGGAGGUGGAAGUCAAUUCACACACAUACAGCCACAGGUGGAAAAGAAGCUUGGACUUUCUCAAGGCGGUAGACACGAACCGAGCAAGCGUCGGCCAAGACUCUCCUGAGCCCAGAAGCUUCACAGACCUGCUGUUAGACGAUGAGCAGGACAAUAACACCCAGAUUGAGGAGGAUACAGACCACAAUUACUAUAUAUCUCGGAUAUAUGGUCCAUCUGAUUCUGCCAGCCGGGAUCUGUGGGUGAAUAUAGACCAAAUGGAAAAAGAUAAAGUGAAGAUUCAUGGAAUAUUGUCCAAUACUCAUCGGCAAGCGGCGAGAGUGAAUCUGUCCUUCGAUUUUCCAUUUUAUGGCCACUUCCUACGUGAAAUCACUGUGGCAACCGGGGGUUUCAUAUACACUGGAGAAGUUGUACAUCGGAUGCUAACAGCUACACAGUACAUAGCACCUUUAAUGGCAAAUUUCGAUCCCAGUGUAUCCAGAAAUUCAACUGUCAGAUAUUUUGAUAAUGGCACAGCACUUGUGGUCCAGUGGGACCAUGUACAUCUCCAGGAUAAUUAUAACCUGGGAAGCUUCACGUUCCAGGCAACCCUGCUCAUGGAUGGACGCAUAAUCUUCGGAUACAAAGAAAUUCCUGUCUUGGUCACACAGAUAAGUUCAACCAAUCAUCCAGUGAAAGUCGGACUUUCUGAUGCAUUUGUCGUUGUUCACAGGAUCCAACAAAUUCCCAAUGUUCGGAGAAGAACAAUUUAUGAAUACCACCGAGUGGAGCUACAAAUGUCAAAAAUUACCAACAUUUCGGCUGUGGAGAUGACCCCAUUACCUACAUGCCUCCAGUUUAACAGAUGUGGCCCCUGUGUGUCUUCUCAGAUUGGCUUCAACUGCAGUUGGUGUAGUAAACUUCAAAGAUGUUCCAGUGGAUUUGAUCGUCAUCGGCAGGACUGGGUGGACAGUGGAUGCCCUGAAGAGUCAAAGGAGAAGAUGUGUGAGAAUACAGAACCAGCGGAAACUUCUUCUCCAACCACCACAACCAUACGAGCAACAACCACCCAGUUCAGGGUCUUAACCACCACCAGAAGAGCAGUGACUUCCCAGCUCCCCACCAGCCUCCCAACAGAAGAUGAUACCAAGAUAGCACUACAUCUAAAAGAUAAUGGAGCUUCUACAGAUGACAGUGCAGCUGAGAAGAAAGGGGGAAGCCUCCACGCUGGCCUCAUCGUUGGAAUUCUCAUCCUGGUCCUCAUUAUAGCCACAGCCAUCCUUGUGACAGUCUAUAUGUAUCACCAUCCAACCUCAGCAGCCAGCAUCUUUUUUAUUGAGAGACGCCCAAGCAGAUGGCCUGCAAUGAAGUUUAGAAGAGGUUCUGGACAUCCUGCCUAUGCUGAAGUUGAACCAGUUGGAGAGAAAGAAGGUUUUAUUGUAUCAGAGCAGUGCUAAAAUUUCUAGGACAGAACAGCACCAGUACUGGUUUACAGGUGUUAAGACUAAUAUUUUGCCUAUACCUUUAAGACAAACAAACAAACACACAUACACAAACAAGCUCUAAGCUGCUGUAGCCUGAAGAAGACAAGAUUUCUGGACAAGCCCAGCCCAGGAAGGGUAAACAAAAAACUAAAACUUAUACAAGAUACCAUUUACACUGAACAUAGAAUUCCCUAGUGGAAUGUCAUCUAUAGUUCACUCAGAACAUCUGUGGACUUACCUGAAGUAUGACAAGAUUAUAAUGCUUUUGGCUUAGGUGCAGGGUUGCAAAGGGAUCAGGAAAAAAAUCAUAAUAAAGCUUUAGUUCAUGAGGGAUCGACACUUUUGAUUCAGAUGUUCUCUGAUGUCUCAAAGAUAACUGUUUUCCAAAGCCUGAACCUUUUCACACAAAAGAGCAGUGAUGAAUGUUUGAAGAUUGCUAAGAAAAACAGCUCGUGCAGGAGUGAAAACAAACACAAAUAAGAGAUUUUCUAUAUUUUCAAAA